AUGCAUUUUUCAAUCAUGCACGCUCUCACUCUUGCCCUCUUCGGAGGCCUUGUAACGGCCGACUGCUGUAAAAACGGCCUCGACUACUGCGGCUAUGGUCUUCUCAACAAAGGCAAUUACUAUGGAGAAAUUCAGACUGCGCUUGAGAGGGCUGGGCUACCCGUAGACCCCGAUCAUGUGCGGUACACGCUGUUCCACUGCGGCGCAUGCACGGACACCCCAGUUGUCAGGUACUGUGGUGUUAACCGAUGCACAGAUGGAGGAUCCGGGCACAGCGACUAUUGCAGUUAG